GCAAUAAGCGUAAUCACUUUGGACGCGUUUCUCAAUCGCGCCUGCUGUCUUUGACCCAACAAACAUGUCGCUCAAAGUACCCAAGGCCAGCAAUAUCCAGCUUUUCAAAGACGGCUACAAGCAAGUCCAAGGGCUUGAGGAUGCCGUUCUCCGUAACAUACAGGCUGUCUCUGAAUUAUCUGAUCUGGUACGCACGAGUUUUGGGCCAAACGGUCGCAACAAACUCUUGAUCAAUCAUCUUGGCCGACUUUUCGUGACUUCUGAUGCGGCAACUAUCAUUCGUGAGGUCGAGGUCGUUCACCCUGCCGCAAAACUUCUCGUAAUGGCCUCGCAAGCUCAAGAGUCUGAGAUGGGUGAUGCGACGAAUAUGGUUAUUAUAUUCGCGGGUGAGUUGCUGAAGAAGGCGGAAAAUCUGCUAGUGAUGGGCUUGCAUCCGAGUGAGGUCAUCAAAGGUUACGAGCUUGCAUGUUCGAAGGCAUUGACUGAGCUAGAAAAUCUAUCGACAUCCAGUUUGCCUUCACCGUUCACCCACUCAAGUUUGGCUGAGGCACUGAAACCUGCUAUUGCCUCGAAGCAAUAUGGCUUUGAGGAUAUCUUAUCGUCUCUGGUUGCAGAAGCUGCGCUUGCAGUCAUGCCAAAGAACCCAAAAUACUUCAAUGUUGAUAAUGUUCGCGUAGUAAAGAUCAUGGGUGGCAGUCUUAGUGGUAGUCGUGUAGUUCAGGGAAUGGUGUUUGGACGCGAGCCAGAAGGAAUGGUGAAAAAGGUAGCGAAGGCCAAGGUUGCGGUCUUCACCUCGGCACUAGAUGUUGCUCAGACAGAAACAAAAGGCACGGUACUUAUAAAGAAUGCUGAUGAAAUGUUGAACUUCACUCGCGGAGAGGAGAAACAUCUCGAAAAGAUCUUCCAAGAGAUCGCUGACUCUGGGAUCAAAGUGAUCAUAGCUGGUUCGAGUGUUGGAGAGCUUGCCCUUCAUUAUCUCAAUCGUCUCAACAUCGCGGUCCUGAAAGUUUUGUCCAAGUUUGAACUACGUCGUCUCUGUCGUGUUGUCAAUGCUACCCCAUUGGCCCGGAUGGGUGCUCCUACCCCCGAAGAGGCUGGGUUUGUAGAUGUCUUUGAAACCAUCGAAAUUGGUGGCGACCGAGUUACUGUUCUUCGCCAGCUAGUUGAUGGAGAUGCUGGCUACAGUGGAUUAGGAGAGAAGACCCAAACUGCUACCAUAGUAUUACGUGGUGCAACGUCAAAUCAUCUCGAUGAUCUCGAGCGCGCUAUUGAUGACGGCACUAACGUCAUCAAGGCACUCAUGAAGGACCCUAAAUUAGUCCCCGGCGCUGGCGCAACAGAGCUGGAACUCGGCAGACGAGUUGAGGCGUAUGGGAGUGGCUUGAAGGGUCUUGCGCAGCACGCCGUGAAGCGUUAUGCUACCGCUUUGGAGGUUAUACCGCGAACACUGGCCGAAAAUGCUAUGGGUGGAUCUGAAGGCAACGAAGUUCUCAGUCGACUUUGGGCUAAACACGAGCAAAAAGGUGGCGAAGCCUGGGGUGUUGACGUCGAGAACGAAUCGGAUGGUACUCUGUUGGCUACAGAGCACAAGAUUCUCGACUCGUUAGCCGCAAAAACAUGGGCGAUUCGUCUGGCUACUGAGGCAGCUGUAUCAGUCCUCAGUGUUGAUAGCAUCAUCAUGAGCAAACCUGCAGGCGGACCUAAAGUACCGCAACAAGCGGGGAACUGGGAUGAAGAUUAGAAACAAUGAUCUAGUACAUACAACUAUACGAUAAUUUUGUGCACGAGGCAGACUGGAUAAAUACUCCAUCCGCAAGAAGUAAAAAUCUUGUUAGAAGACUAAGUGAAAAAGGAGAGUGAUAUACGAAAGCGAUAGCGGUAUCGUAUCGAUAAAUACAAGUCCACUGGUGAUACUGUCACCUCAUCUGAAGAGUAUUGUAAUUAACCAACACUCGAACAAGCAUAUGGGGCGCUGUAGCGCGAGCUCUGAGGCUAGUCCGAUUGAUAUACUAUGACAUUGUCGAAGGUCCGUCCCUAACAAAGGAGAAUGUGAGAAUGAAACCUAUGAAGUACGUACAGGUGAUGCGAAGAGUGGCAGAUUGGAAUGUCCAUGAGUAAUCGCACAAUGAAAUCAAUCUUCAGCAUCCGAGGCAUUAGGAGAAGGCAUAUCCUCCUCCUCUUCGUCCUCUUCGAGGAUAGGCUCCUCUAUAUCAUCAUCAUCUGCAUCAUUAUCUGCUUCUUCCAGGUCGUCAUCGAAAAUGACAUGUAAAUGAGUAAUUAAAGCUUUAACAAGUUUGUGCGUAUGGCCCAUAUUUGCCAGUAUGAGAGCGAAAUCGUUCUGAGGAGCGCGAAGCAAAUUAGGACUGAAAACGAUGGCAAGUGCCUCAGCGGUCAUCUGAUUGUUCUCUUCGUAGUCGGUUACUCUAU